AUGCUGACAAACCUCUUCUUCCUCGGGCUCGCCGGGCAGGUCGCCGCCACGCCGGAAACAUUUGUUGCCCUGAAUAUGAGUGACCGGACCUAUUGUGCUGUAUUCACGACCCAGAUUGAGGGCCUGCUGAAACUUAACAACGACAACGAGACGUCUACCUACAACUGGAAGAUGGGCGGAAACGAUUCGCAUGCCCUCGACUUCUGCUCGGCAAAUUCGGACCGCAGCCUGGAUGCUAACUGCGCGGAGGUUCGAUUGCCGCUUGAAAACGGAUCGGUGAUGGUGUUCAAGAAUAUGCAGGUGGCCGCUUUCCAGAGCUUCAAGCUAUCGAAAUGGAUGGAUGGACUGGAAUACGUCGACUUCAAACAUCUCCUCCUCACUUCGUUGCUCCCGGUGCUCAUCGGAGCCUUCGCUGCCCUCGUCGUUGCCUGUGCUUUGGUGGGGACUGGAGUUGUGCUUUGCAAGCGCCGCCUUGAACGCACGGCGGGAUACGCUGAUCUU